UGCAUAUUGUGUAUCCCACCACAAACCCAAGCGAACAACAACAACCACUCUUCUCCCCUUUCCUUCCAUCUCCGCCGUACCACCAUGUCGGAAGCACCGUCUCAGCCACCGGCUCCGUCAACGGAGACGCCGCCGUACUGGUGCUACCACUGCGAGAAGCGCGUCUCCAUCGAAACACUCCCCAACCUCCCCGACGUCAUCUGCGGCGAGUGCAAGAACGGAUUCGUGGAAUCCGUUCCCGCACCCUCUCGACGCUCUCCCUCUCCUCCGCCUGACUUCGGCAACCACUUCCUCCAAGUCCUCCGCCUUAUCGCUCAGUCGGCGCGUGAAGACAACGACAACGAAAACGACGACGAUGCUUCUCCUCCGCCGCCUCCAAACCGUUCGCCGGAGAAUGAUUUCCUCAGGAUCCAGCUCGGCGGCUGGGACAACGACGAGGAUGAAGACGAAGACGAGGGAGACAACGACGGCGAGGAGCACGAAGGCGCUGUGGAGGAGCAGGUGGAUCGAUCCGGCAACGAGGAAGAUGAAGAUCUGAGGCGGAGGAGGCGCGAGCUGCUGCGGCUUCGAAUUAGGGAUUUGGCGACCCGAACCCGAAGCAUGCGGAACCGGAUCUUGGAUUGGGCUGACAUUCUGAUGGGAAUGGAAGACAACUCCAUAGAGUUUCGCCUCCAGGUACCGGAAUCGGACCGGUACGUCGGGAACCCGGAGGAUUACGUGGACGCGACGGAGUACGAGGCGUUGAUGCAGAUACUGGCGGAGAGCGACGGAGGUGGGAGGAAGGGAGCUCCGCCGGCGUCGAAGGCGGCGGUGGAAGCUCUGCCGACGGUGAAGAUCAUGUCGGAGAGUGAUACUGUGGCGUGUGCUAUUUGUAAGGACUUGAUGGGUGUUGGAGAAUCAGCUAAGAGGUUACCGUGUGGGCAUCAGUACCAUGGAGAUUGCAUUGUUCCAUGGCUGAGUUCUAGAAAUUCUUGCCCUGUUUGCAGGUUUCAGCUUCCAACGGAUGACAAGGAGUUUGAGGAAGAGAGAGCUUCGGGUUCCGGUUCGGGUCGGGGUGGAGCUGCCACUACUUGAUUGAGUCCCAAUAACUUGGUAUGUUCUGUAAUUGUUGUAAUAUAUUUGUUGUUUCUAUCUUCUGUUAUGGAACUAUUAGUGGAUUUUUAUCGAGUUUGCUCCAUGUUAUUUAUUCGAAGCUUUUGCGUAGUUGGCUUCUUAGCUCUUAGAUGCUAAGAUACUUGUAUAUAGCAUUUGGAUCAAUGUGAUCACGCUUCUUACCUCACAAUGGGAUUUGAUGUUUCUUCCCAAAUGUUAUUUGGUUGUGGAUAUUUGUUUUGUA